AGGGAGGAAAAUAUUUGACCAUAAUGCCAUGCGAAAGGCUGACAAGUGGAUCCAAGAUGGCGUAGAAAGUAUAGCUAGGAACUCUGUCCCAGAGACAUGGAGGACGGGCGACCACAGAGGUCAUGUGAAGAAGCCAUUGGAUCACUAGUGAGACAAGAGUAUGAGGAGGCGGUGACCCAGAGCACAGAGGCGCUCCUGGCUCUCGGGCCAGGGUCCCUGGGCCCCCAUGGGGCCGCCCUGCGCUCGCGCGCUUUGCUGUACAGAAUCGCCGCUUUACUACAGCUGAAGAACUAUGAUCAGGCAGACAAAGACUGCGAGCAUGUCAUUGCACAAGAGCUUGCCAAGGGGGACGGUUCUUUUCGGGUGGGACUCCAGGGCAUGGUACUGGACGGGAGUCUGCAGGAGGUGUCCCACAUCUUGUCCAAGGCCCUGUUUGGGGAGCCUCUGAAUGGAAUCAUGACUAAAGACAUGACCAGAUUGAAAAUGCUGCUCUCUGAAAUAGAGGCGGCGAACAGUAAAAUGCCGCCAGAAUUCACAGAAGACAAUGAGGAAGAUGGGAAGGAGGGAUGGCAGUUUCGCCCCCCGCCAAGGGGGGUCACCAGCAGCGAAGAAUACACACUUUGUAAAAGGUUCCUGGAGCAGGGACUGUGUCGGUACGGCGCCCAGUGCACAUCGGCCCACUCGCAGGAGGAGCUGACGGAGUGGCAGAGGCGCUAUGCCUCGCGCCUUAUCCGCCUCAAGCAGCAGCAGGAGAGCAAGAGCUUCACAGAGAACUACAUGGAGGCGCUCAUCGAGAAGUGGAUCAACUCCCUAACCCCGGAGAAAGUGUUGAGUGACAGUUUAGAGGGUGUCAGCGUGGAGCACAGCUCUGACCUGUCAGUGACCGUCACCUCCAAAAAGUCAUCUCACUCAUGGACCUUCUCUCUUCUCUGCAAGCCUGCCCGCACUUUACACCACGUGGCGCUGCUGUAUGAUGCCAACCGGCCACACUUCUCCAUAACGGCGGUGUCGGCCGGCGACACCUCCUCCCUAGUGCCCCAGGAAGUGUGCCUGGGCGGGUGCCAGGAGUGGAGCGGGGAUACCAGCCUGGUGCCGCCCAACGGCAUGGACCACUGCCUUUACACGGUGACCGUGGCCUUCAGCACAGAGAUCUUCGGGACCUUCCGGCAGACGGUGGUGGUUGAUUUCGGCUCUGAGCCUGUGCUCACUCAGAGGGUGUUGGUGGAUGCAGCCUCUAUAGAAGAUCUGGAGCAUUUGAUGCAGGCGCGGCAGCAGCUGCUGAUGACUGCCAAGCGCUGGGACUCGUCCUGCAAGACCAUCGUGGAGUUCGGGCCGGGUGAGACAGGCGAGCUGGAGCGCAGCCUGUUGGCCCGCUACCAGAUCCCGCUGUCCGCCGACCAGCUCUUCACGCAGUCUGUGCUGGACAAGAGCCUGACCAAGGAGAAUUAUAUGGCCCGCCUGCACGACCUGCUCUACAUCGAGGAGAUCGCCCAGUACAAGGAAGUCAGCAAAUUUAACAUUAAGGUGAACCUGCAGCUUGUCAACAGCUUCAUGCUGACGGGCAUCUCAGGAGGAGCCAAGUACGCCCAGGGCGGGCAGCUGUUCGGACGCUUCAAGCUGACCGAGACGCUGUCCGAGGACACGUUGGCCGGCCGGCUGGUCAUGACCAAGGUCAACUCUGUGCUGCUGCAGCCACUGGACCGCGAGCGCAGUGGCCAUGCAGCAGGUGGCACCAAAGAGCGCGUGUACGAGGCGCUGAUUGAGGAGAAGACCAAGGAUUACAUCUUCUUGCGUGUUUGCAAGGACUGCUGUGGGGAGCUGAACCUGCUGCCUGAUCGAGAGUUACAGGUGGAGCUGCAGUUUCAGCUGAACCGGCUGCCCCUGUGUGAGAUGCACUACGCCCUGGACCGCAUCAAGGACACCGGCCUGCUUUUCCCUGACGUCAGCCUCACGCCCACCAUCCCCUGGAGCCCCAACAGGCAGUGGGACGAACAGCUGGACCCGCGUCUGAACGCCAAGCAAAAGGAGGCCAUCCUGGCCAUCACCACACCCCUGUCCAUCUGCUUGCCCCCCGUGCUCAUCAUUGGCCCCUACGGUACGGGCAAGACCUUCACCCUCGCCCAAGCGGUCAAGCACAUCCUCAAGCAGCCCAACACCAGGGUCCUCAUCUGCACCCAUUCCAACAGUGCCGCAGAUCUCUACAUCAAGGACUACCUGCACCCUUAUGUAGACACCGGCAAUGCCCAUGCUCGCCCCCUCAGAAUUUACUUUCGUAACCGGUGGGUGAAGACGGUGCACCCUGUGGUGCAGCAGUACUGCCUGAUCGGCGCCAACUACUGCUUCCAGAUGCCCCAGCGGGAGGACGUGGAGCGCCACCGGGUUGUGGUGGUGACGCUCAGCACCUCGCAGUACCUCUGCCAGCUGGACCUAGAGCCAGGUCUCUUCACCCACAUCCUGCUGGACGAGGCUGCCCAAGCCAUGGAGAGUGAGACCAUCAUGCCUCUGGCCCUGGCCACCAAGAGCACCCGCAUCGUACUGGCAGGAGACCACAUGCAGCUCAGCCCAUUUGUGUACAGUGAGUUUGCCCGGGAGCGUAACCUGCACGUGUCUCUGCUGGACCGUCUGUAUGAGCACUACCCGCCGGAGGAUCCGUGCCGCAUCCUGCUGUGUGAGAACUACCGCUCCCACGAGGCCAUCAUCAACUACACGUCGGACCUGUUCUAUGAGGGCAAGCUGAUGGCCAGUGGGAAGCAGCCGCCUCAUAAGGACUUCUACCCUUUGACCUUCUUCACCGCCAGAGGCGAGGACGUGCAGGAGAAGAACAGCACGGCCUACUACAACAACGCUGAGGUGUUUGAGAUUGUGGAGCGCGUGGAGGAGAUGCGGCGGAAGUGGCCGGUGGCCUGGGGCAAGCUGGACGAGGGCAGCAUCGGCGUGGUGUCGCCCUACGCUGACCAGGUGUUCCGCAUCCGCGCCGAGCUGCGCAAGAAGCGGAUGCACGACGUCAGCGUGGAGAGGGUGCUGAACGUGCAGGGCAAGCAGUUUCGGGUGCUGUUCCUGAGCACGGUGCGCACGCGCCACACCUGCAAGCACAAGCAGACGGCCAUCAAGCGCAAGGAGCAGCUGGUGGAAGACUCCACCGAGGACCUGGACUACGGCUUCCUGUCCAACUACAAGCUGCUCAACACAGCCAUCACCCGAGCCCAGUCCCUUGUGGCCGUGGUGGGAGACCCCAUUGCUCUCUGCUCGGUGGGGCGCUGCAGGAAGUUCUGGGAGACGUUCAUCUCCAUCUGCCAUGACAACAGCAGUCUGCACGGCAUCACCUUUGAGCAGAUCAAGGCCCAGCUGGAGGCCCUGGAGCUGAAGAAGACGUAUGUGCUCAACCCUCUGGCCCCCGAGUUCAUCCCCCGCGCCCUGCGGCCCCUGCCCCCGCCGCAGCAGGCCUCCAGCAAACACCAGCACUCGCCACCCAAGGCCAAAGGGACGAUGGCAAACCACUCGGAGCACUUCCCACCGGAGGGAUUCGUUCAGCCCAGUGCUGCUGUUCUCAUGGGGAACCCCAUCCAGGCGUUCACCCCCCCAGUGGCCGGUGGGGGUGCGGCAGGCUCAGCAGGGAAGUCCCCCAGCCCGGUCCAGAGAGUGGACCCCCACACGGGGGCCUCCAUCCUCUACGUGCCUGCAGUGUACGGGGCCAACAUGGUCAUGCCCAUGCCUUUACCCCUCCCCUGGCCGGGCUACCAGAGCCGCUUCCCCAUGGACCCCCGGCUGAUCAACCACCAGGCGGCCAUGGCCGCCUACAACCUGAACCUGCGCCAGCCCACCAGCCGGGCCUCCCCGGGCCUCUACGGACUCAGCCACCCCUCACCCCUCGGACUCACCGCCCAGUCCAGCACCGACAAGGAGCUGCUGCAGGACGCCGGAACUGCAGGUAAAAUGGACAUGAAUGGGAAGGUGGAGCAUGGGCGCCUCCUGACCCCAGAGAGGAAAGCUCCUGAACAGAAGGACAAACAGGGCGAGUCUGACCAAGGGCCCAACAGGAGCCCUGAAGCCGUGGGCCCCCUGGGCUUCCCCGGCGGCCGCCUCCUCCGCAAGGAGCCCCCCUCCGGCCCGGCCACCGGCCCCCAGAGGCCCAUGGGCUUCCCCCACCUGGCCUCCCAGCACCACCUGCCCCCGCACCACCACCACCACCACCACCCGCCUUCCCCCCUCCUCACGCGGCUGCAGCCGCCGGCGCCAGCCAGCAGUUCCAGCAGCAGCAGCAGCUGCCGCCUCAUUCUUCCCCUCCCAGCGAGGCUGCAGUCGCCGGGCCUGGAGGGGGACGCGUCCGAGCAGUCCGCCGUGCCCGAGGAGCUCAAGGGGGCGCUGAGAGCCAUGCAGCCGUCAGCAGCGGCCGCCGGGGCACAACCACAGCCCCAGCAGCUGGCCGCGGUCCAGCACGCACACGCCCAACACACACACCAGCAGCACGCACACACACACCAUCAGAACAUGCACGUCAACAGCUACGGGGAGGACAGUCUGGACUCAGGACUGGUCGAGGGACUGGACUCCCAGGGCUCGUCCAGUCUGGAGCUGAUGUCCCAGCAGGCUCGUCUGGGCCAGUGGGGUGAGCCGGGCCCUUUCCUGCCCCCAGGCGUGGCGGCGGCUGCCUUCCCCCUGCAGCCCCUCUCCCACCUGGGCCAGCCCGGCAUGCGGCUCCCACACCCGCUCAUCCGCACCGGCUGGGGCCUGCCGCCCCCGUCAGAAGAGGACGGACCCAGAGGGCCACUCACCAGCAGGUACCCUGGGCUGCUGCGUGAGAUGUCCGCACAGGAGCACUACGAGCAGCAGCAGCAGCACCACCAACAACAACAACAUCAUCACCAACAGCACCACCAACAACAACAGCACCACCAACAACAACAGCACCACCAACAACACCACCACCAACAACAACAGCAUCAGCAACAGCAGCAUCAACAGCAGCAGCGUGACCCCUCCGACAUGCCCCCGCCUCAGUCGCGCCUGCUGCAGUACCGGCAGCAGCAGCAGCAGGUGCGGGGCGACAUCCCCCCGCCCUCCCCCUCCUCCGCCGGUCCCUUCCACGGCUACCCGGAGCCUCCGGGCCGCGCCGCGGACCUGCAGCAGGCCUACGCCGGCCCCCACCAGGCCUUCCCCCUGCCCCCGGACCACCCGGGCCACCCGGCGGCCGCGCUGCCGCUGAAGUACCUGCUGCCGGAGGCGGCGUGGGGCCACCCGGGCCUGGCCCAGGGCCACAUGUUGGGCCCCCAGCACGGCCUGCCCCCACUGGGCCUCCAGGGCCUGCAGGGUCCUCGGCCCGAACACAGCCCCCUGCUGCUGCAGCAGCAACAGCAGCAACAGCAACAGGCCACACACACUGCCCUGCAGAGCUUAGAAGAGUAUGAACCACGGGGUCCCGGCCGGCCCCUGUACCAGCGGCGGAUCUCGUCCAGCUCUCCCCAGCCGUACCCCGACAGCCCUCAGGACCCCCAGCCCCCCGCGCCCCCCUGCCGGUUCCCCCCUGCGGAGCUGUGGCCCGCCAGUGGCCCUGCCUCCAUCCACAACAUUCCAUGCAACGGAGCGAGCCCCCUGGCCCCACACAGGGACAACAUAGUUACUAAGGCCAUGAAUGCUGCCGAGGAUCAUGGGAAGACGGAGGUCCUCCAGACGCCCUCGCACCCACCCAGCACCGCGUCUCUGCAGCACCAUGGACAGUUUCCUCCGCUGCUGCCCAGCAAGCAGACCCCUCCAGACCCGGGGGGAGGGGGCAGCCCCAGCCCCGCCGGGCCCCACAAGACCCCAACCAUGUCCUACGCCAGUGCCCUGCGCGCUCCCCCAAAACCGCGGCCCGCCCCUGAGCAGGCCAAGAAAAACAACCCUCUUUCUCUGUUACAGGAGCUUAGCAUAGGCAGUGCAAACAGUAGCAAUGGGUAUUACUCCUAUUUUAAAUAAAAUCAAAUACAUACCUGUAAAAAAUAUGAAAUAUAUAUGAAAAAAAAGGAAAAAUAAUCAAGAAAAUUAAGAAAAAAAUGAUUUUGUCAGAUAGUUUUGUUUUUUUCCCUGCGGUUUUCGUUUCUUUUUUUUUACUUUUAAUUUAGCUAGUUGUUCUUUUACAGUUUGACAAUUGUGAUUUUGCAAACAAAAUUAAGCAUAUAUUCAAAGUUAUACCAAAAUGUUGGACAAAAACAAAAAUCAGGAAAAAAAAAAAGAUUUAUGGGACAAAGAAAAGGAAAAAAAAAAGUUUUUUAAACACAUUUUAAGCGAAUUAGCUAACCACUCAGUUGCCUGUCUUCUGCUUCCCUCUUUUCAGGAAUUAUGUCUGCUUUGUUUGCAUCGAUUCAUAAAAAAAGUAAAAUUGUUGAAGUGAUUUUUCUUAUAUAUAUUUUUUUUUUUUCUCUUCAGCUGGCUUUUCAUUUUUGAAAUGAUGUUGAAUUCUUCCUUUUAUCAAUAUUGGUGUGUUUCCUUGUGCUUGCAGCUGAGUGGUUAGUUGACUCCCUCACACACACACAUACACAAAAAAAAACCCUAUAUAAAAAGUUGUAUAGCUGUAGACAACCCUUUUCUCAAAACUGUACAUAUGAAUAAAAAGACAUGAAUGAAAUGA